UGGUCAUGGCGUCCCCUUUCUCUCUAUCAUCCACCGUUCCAAUCACACUCACUUCCUCUCUCUCUCCUUGUUCUCAAAAGACAUCUCAACUCUCUAUUGUUCGCAAGCGUAGACCCUAUUCCAUUAGAAAAUCAUCCAUAUCAUGCGAAGCCACAAAUGGUGAAGGAGACACUUCCUCCAAGGCCAAAUUUGAUAGAAGGGAUCUCCUCGUUAGUCUUGGAGGUCUCUAUGGUGUGGCCAAUCUCGCUUCUGAUCCCUUUGCCCUGGCUGCUCCAAUUGAAGCCCCAGAUUUAUCCAAAUGUGGGAAAGCUGACUUACCUGAAGGUGCAAAACCCACAAAUUGUUGCCCACCAACCGCUGCAACUAUCCUAGACUAUAAGUUCCCCAAAUACAAUACUUUCAGAGUUAGGCCUGCCGCACAUUUAGCUGAUGAUGCAUACAUAGCCAAAUACGAAAAGGCUAUUAAGCUCAUGAAAGCUCUUCCUGACACUGACCCACGUAGCUUCACGCAACAAGCCAGUGUUCAUUGCGCUUAUUGCGAUGGGGCUUACCACCAAGUGGGCUUUCCAGAUCUUGAACUUCAAGUUCACAACUCGUGGUUGUUCUUCCCGUUUCAUAGAUAUUAUCUUUAUUUCUUUGAGAGGAUUUUGGGAAAAUUGAUCGAUGAUCCAACUUUUGCUUUGCCAUUCUGGAACUGGGAUUCCGCUAAGGGCAUGCCAAUUCCUGCCAUGUUUGCAAACACUAGUUCACCACUUUACGAUACACUACGCGAUGCAAAGCACCAGCCACCCAAUCUGGUCGAUCUUGAUUUUAAUGGUACCGAUGAAAACUUGUCAAAUGCAGAUCAAAUUUCUAGUAAUUAUAAGGUGAUGUACAGACAAAUGGUGUCUAAUGCUAAGACUCCUCAGCUUUUCAUGGGAAGUGCAUACCACGCCGGUGACAAUUCUGAUCCAGGAGCUGGUUCGUUGGAGAACAAUGCACAUGGAUUGGUUCAUUUUUGGACUGGUGAUCGCUCACAGCCAAAUACUGAGAACAUGGGGAAUUUCUACUCAGCAGGAAAAGACCCUAUCUUUUACGCUCAUCACUCAAACGUUGACCGAUUGUGGACUGUUUGGAAGAUAUUAGGAGGGAAGCGCAGAGAUUUUACAGACUCAGAUUGGCUUGACGCCAGUUUCAUUUUCUAUGAUGAGAACGCCAAACCAGUUAAAGUCAAGGUUCGUGAUUGUCUUGAUACUAAAAAAUUGGGAUAUGUUUAUCAAAAGGUUGACAAUCCAUGGCUAAAAACUAAGCCACAACCUAAAAAAAUAAUCAAGAAAUUGGAAAAGGCUAUUGGUGUAGCACAUGCAGCUGCGUUGAAGACAAACUUUGUCACCCCAACCCAAUUCCCUAUAGUUUUGGAUAAAACUAUAAGCAUGGUGGUUCAAAGGCCAAAGAAAUCAAGGAGCAAGAAGCAGAAGGAAGAUGAAGAGGAAGUAUUGGUGAUAGACAUCAUUGAGUUUGAGAAGAAUAUGGCAGUGAAAUUUGAUGUGUUUAUUAAUGAUGAAGAUGAGGUGCCGACUGGGCCGGACACGACUGAGUUUGCAGGGACCUUUGUGAGUUUACCGCACAAGCAUAAGCACCACGAGAAGAUGAAAACUCGUUUGAGAUUGGGACUUACAGAUUUGUUGGAAGAUUUGGACGCCGAUGAUGAUGAAACUGUGGUGGUGACUUUGGUGCCAAGAUAUGGAACGGGUGUUAGCAUUGGUAGUAUCAAGAUUGAUUUCGCCUCUGAUUAAGAUUAAUUAGCCGACUUAACUACCUUGCUUUCACUUAAGAUUAUCGUGUUUGAUUUGGAAUAAUUAUGCAAAUUGAAGCUGCCUGCAGCUGCUGUGGCUUGCAUGCAUGUAAUGUAAUCCAUUUUAAUUUCGACGGAUGCGUUCUUAUUUUUCGUUAAGAAA